AUGAGGGAUCGACUCAUGAACAUCAAGACCGUGUUUGAAGACGUCGAGAUGGAACUGGAGACGUUGCAUUCCGUCUGGGAUGGAGCAGCGCGAUAUUUGGCGGAAGAUCCGGCGGGGUCGUCGUCUGAGUAUGUCUUCGGCCUUCUGAACAGGUUCUUGCUCGACGUCAAAGUUGCGAAGACGCUGCUAUUCCGGAAAGGCCUCAGUUUUGCCAACGAGGCAAACGCACUUCUUCCACAUGCAUACGUGGGAAGCAUUGUUGCGACCAAGUUCGGUUCGGGGGUGAUCACAGCUCUACGAGUGAGCGACAAGCGCAUUGAAGUGAAAUUUCCCUGGAGCAGGGAGGCCUAUUUAGCCCCCUCAUCCAUUUUAUCUGUUGGGUCUCUCGUUCGCUGCCGUCAGUGGGGAGUUGGUAUCAUCCGUGAGACCUGCUACGAUGUGGGCUUUUGCGACGUUCGCUUUUCCUUUGGCUACGGCAAGAUCCGCGUUGAGGAGUUGAUGCUGGAGACUUCAUCCAACCAAGAAGAAGUGCGUCGCGAGUUGCUGAGUGGUGGCUUCUGCAUUAACGAUCCUGUAUACACUGUAUUUGGAAACGGCCACGUCCAGUCGAUUCGAGGGAAGCCUCACUGCCCUGAAGCUGUACUUUCAGUCGGCUUGCUCGCAUCAGAGCCGGAUGCUUAUGGUGGAGAACGUGUGAGUACAGCUAUCGCGUUUGUGUCUGCAAGGCAUGUAAAGCGGAACUAUUGA